GCUGUGUAUAAAUUACAAAGCACCUCUUUGUACGCCGACCGCGCAUGCUCUGCGGGAUCAUCGGCCACUGCUUCGCCCAUGACCUGCCGUCGCCCACGGCCGACGUCAAGCGCGCGCUGCGGCCCGGCCUUGGGACGAGCCUCUCGCACUUCGACCUCGCCGGCGACGACGCCAGCGGCCUCACCUCAGUCUCGGACGAGAAGGUGAUCGUCGAGGUGCGUGUCGACACGCGGGGCGGGCCCAUGGACUUUGGCGUCGUGUUUCGCCGGUCGCCAUUGAGCGUGCAUGCAGCGUACGCGUGCCAAGUCGACUCGGUGAACCCCAAGUCGAGCGCCAAGGAGGCCGGUGUCCAGCCCGGCGCUAUCUUGACCGACGUCGCGCUUCAGUCGAUGAAGACUGUCCCAUACGACGAGGUGCUGCAAAUUCUCUUGCAGCGGUCCAACCUCCAAGCGCCAGGCUCAUCGCUCCAGCUCGUGUUCGCCCAACGCGCCAAGACGAUCCACCUGGACCGUAACGUCGACCACCUUACGCAGUUUCCGCAGCCGACUGGCCUCGCGCUGCCCGGUACGAACGAGUUUGUCAUGGACAAGAGCGAAGGCUCAGUGAGCGCCGCGUCCAUCUCGGCCACGCCGCAUGCCACCGACGCGUUCACCGGCGACGCGCUCGACGACACGAGCCACGCCGUGUCUAUGACGCGCUUUUGGAUGUCGGACCAGCACGUCAAGGCGUGCUAUGCGUGCGACCUGCCGUUCUCGUUCUGCCGCCGGAAACACCACUGCCGGUCCUGCGGUCAGAUCUUUUGCUACCAGUGCUGUACGCGCCUCUCGGCGUCGUUCAAGCCGCCCCACGACGCCGCGCAGUACCUCCGCAAGCAGCUCGUGUGCCACCCGUGUCACCGGCACUUGCGCGACGGCGCCGAUGCCGUCGUUCCAAGCGUGCGGCCGGCCUUGCCGCCGCCGACGAAACCGCCGACCGCCAAGCGCCCGUCGUCGACCAACGUAGGUAAGGUAUCGACGUCGCCGACAACAGCGCCGCUCGCGGUGGCCUCUCGUGCGCUCGACAGCAGCGGCCGCACCCACGACUCGACGGCGGCCAACUCGCUCGUCGACGACGCGACCGCGAGUUUGGAGCGAAGCAAGGUGGAUCUGCACCUCUUCUCAAUGUUUCCGCGCGUCCAACUGGUGCCAAUGGCGGUGCCGGCGCCGAUCGUCACCAACGUCAGCAACGAGUCGGAGUUUGUCGUGCCGUUGCGCCGCCGCGCCGAGAGCGAGCCGAGUCUCUCUGCGAUCGUGCGCAAGUCCCAACCGUCGUACCUUGCUGCCUCCAGCAACCACGCGGCGGGCCAGCGCCCGCGCUCCAACAGUCGCGACGACCUUUACACGUACCGCCAACCGACCAACGUCGUCCGCAGCACGCGGUCGGCGACCGAGCUCAUGGUCGAGGCGCUCAUGCUGUCGUCGGGCGACCGCUCGCUGCCGUCGACGUCGUUGGCGCCGCCCGUGACGACGACGCCGGCGCUCCUGCUGCACACGAGCUCGUCGGCGUCGCUGCUCUCGCUGACGCCCAGCAUCCACCUCGGGCACGCGUGCCAACUCGACGCCGACGUGCCCGGGCUCUUGGACGCGGUCGCAGCGACCAAGGCGGCGAUGAAGUCGGACGCCGACCAGUGGCUGCACGAGCGCAUUCUCCAGCUCUGGGAAGCGUCGCCGGUCCUCACGCAGCUCCCGUACCUCGAGCAGAGUCAGUUCGUCGACCGCAUUUUCGAGUUUGCGACACGCGCCGCGGUCACGAUCGACGUCGGCGACUCGCUCGACAUUUUGCAUUACCUUCGCGUCAAAUGCUUUCCGGGCGGCCACGUCAGCGACAGCUUCUUCGUGCACGGCGUGCUCUGCCACAAGGCGGUCGCGCGCAAGUCGAUGCGACAGUGGAUCGAGUCGCCGCGGCUGCUGCUCGUCGCGUCGUCGCUCGACUACCAGCGCGAGAAGGAGAAGCUCUCGAGUCUCGAAAGCGUUGCGGGCCAAGAGACCGAGUACAUGCGCAUCGCGGUCGAGAAGAUUCGGACGCUGCGCCCGGACAUUGUGCUCUUUCAAGGCCACGUGCACCGGGUCGCCGAAGAGCUCUUGGCGAGCAGCGGCAUCGUCAUUGUCAAGAACCUCAAGCGCGCGGACCUCGAGCGGCUCUCGCGCGUCACGGGCGCCGCGCUCUUGACGUCGUACGACCAUGUCGACAAGCUCUUUGGCGCGACCGUUCUCGGAACGUGCGACCGGUUCCGCGUCUGGAGCAGCGAAGUGCCCAAGAUGCACGUCGACGACGUCAGUGCGCUGCCGAGCCACCUCGCGACGACGCACGUGACGACGGCGCUCCGGGGCGCCAAGCAUUUGGCGCCCAUCGCUCGCAAGCGCACCAAGAAGCAGUGCAUUGUGUUUGAAGGCGGCGCGUACGCCAAGGGCUGCACGAUCGCGCUCCGGGGCGCCGCGGAAAACGUGCUCAAAGAGGUCCGCUUGAUUCUGCGCAACGUGGUGCGCACCGCGUACCACGUCCGCCUCCAGACUAUGGUGCUCGCAACGUCCGGGCUCGUGCCGCCGGUUGACGUCACGGCCGACUUUCGUCACGAGUGGUUCCACGCGUCGAGCUCGAUGUACUUGGCGCUCAACGACCACUCACUCUCAAUGCGCGCGGCGCUCAAGGAGUCGCAGAUGCGCUGUCGCCACUGCAAGCGGCUCUCGGGGCGCCGCACGAACGGCAUUGCGACCGGCAUGGACAACCUCGUGUCGCGCCGCCGACGGAGCUCGGACUCGGGCCGUUUGGUCAAGAAGCAAGUGCUCAUUAGCGCGUGCCGGUGCCCGAGCGACGUGCACGGCGCGAACCGAGACACGCUGCUGCUCUCGGCGUGCUGGAGCCGCCUCGACGACCAGAGCCCGUCGCCGUCCGAGUUGGUCGAAAUCGCGUUCUACACAGAUGCCGACUGCACGCUAGGGCAGUUUCUGCACCGGUACUGCUUCGAGUCGGCGUCGGCGCCGUUCAAGACGGCGUUCCGGACGCAGCGGCUCUCGUUUUCGCACGAUCUGGGGCGCGUCCUCAUCACCGUGUCGCCGACCAACACGAAGGGCAAGGCGCGGGGCCCGGGCCAAGAGCUGCUCGAAAUGUUCAACUUUGCGACGCGCGUUGUGCAGAGUCCGACGCCGCUCAUGUGGGUGGCCACCGAGGCGUCGCCGUCGCCCAUCUACACGGCCGUGCCGCCCGAGAUGCUUCACUACUCGUUUGGCAAGUAUGUGGAAGACCUGCUGUAUCUGCAGCCAUUGGCGCAUGACCCGCGCUUCUUCCCGCACCUCCCGCACGCCCGGGACCCGAGUUUGCUGCGGUACUUUGCGUGCGCGGACGUGAUUGUGUGCAUCGCGGUCGAGCCGAUCCACCCGGUGCUCCAUGUGGCGAUGCGGCCGGGGCUCUACGAUGUCGACGACCAGCGCAGCAGCAUCGACGCGGCCGACAUUGAGGAGCUCGUGCUCGUCGCCAACAGCGUUCUCGACGUGACGCUCACCAAGGUGCAGGCGACGCUCGACGACCUCGUCGCGAUUGGCGAGAAGAAGCACUUGGACUCGCAUGCGUGGCCGCUGGAGCGGCUGCAGGAGAUUGAGAACAUGGGCCAGAUUGCGCGCCACUGGCACAUUAUGUACACGACGCAGGUGCGCCGGCAGCCGCCCGCCGACGUCUUUGCCAAGCACGCGCUCUUCCGCAAGGCGUACGAGCGCGCGGCGCGCUUCUGCGUCGAGUUGCGUCAGGCGUCGAACAAAGUGACGUUCAAGCAAACCGAAGUCGUCGACGACCCGCCGCCGAUGACGCUGCCGAUGCAGUGGUUUGACAUUCUCUCGGCGCAAAUGCAGCAAGAGCAGCCGCCGGCGUCGGCCUUUGGCAUUCCGCUGCCGUCCCCGCACGCGUUUGCGAGUUUGCACAAGUCGCCGCCAAUGGACAUUCACCGCCCACCGAUCGACUCGGCGGCCAGUCAGCGCGAUUUCGUGUCGCGCCUCACAGCAACGGAGAGCAUGACCGCCAACAGUGUCAGCAACAUUUACUCGACCUACGGCGGGGCGGUGGCGUUCCCGGACGAGUCCAUGGUGGACAUUGAAGGCAGCCACGACGGGUCGACGCUCUCGUCGCAGUCGCUCAAUCGGACCCAAGUCGUCGGGUCGAACGCGCUCGUCAAGAAGUCGAGUAGCUCGGGCGACCAGUCGCACCUCUUUGUCCUACCAAAGAGCAUCCUGAGCUGGCACCCGAGCUUGCCGCGGGGCGUGAACCAAACCGUCGUGCUCGUGAACGCCAGCCAGCCGACGUCGGCGGUCGCGUACUCGCUCUGCUCGAAAGAGUACAUCCAGCAGCGCAACGAGUGGUUCGCCAAGCAAGACCCACCGGUGCUGCUCGUCCUCGACUCGAACGUCAGCGGCAUGCUCCGCGCUCUGCGUUCGGACAAGCGCUCGAACGUCGACCACCUCUUUGUGGACGAAAAUGAGUUUCAGGCCGCGACCAGGUUUAGCUGCAAGUCGUACUACGCGUCGCAGUUCCACGCGCUGCGGCAGCUGCUCUACAAGGACGAGCGCAAGUACAUCGAGUCGAUGUGCCAGUGCGAGCACUGGAACGCGAGCGGCGGCAAGUCGGGCGCCGGCUUUAUGCGCACCAAGGACCAACGCUUCAUCUGCAAGGUGAUUCCGUCCAAUCAGCUCACGAUGUUCCUCAACAUGGCCUCGAGCUACUUUGAGUACAUGGCCACGUCGAUCGAAGAGAACCUGCCGAGCAUGCUGGGCAAGAUUGUCGGCGUCUACCGCAUCACGAUGACGGAGACGACCGAGACGGCGCUGUGCUUGCUCGUCAUGGAGAACCUCGUGUACGGGCGGACAGUGGACCACCUCUUUGACCUCAAGGGCAAGCUCGAAGGUCGGUUCAUGGAGCACACGGACCACCAAGUGCUGUGGGACCGCAACUUUGUCAAGAUGACGAGAGGCAUUCCGCUGCCGCUGCAAGAGUCGGCGAUGGGUCUCUUGAAGUCGGCUAUUUUCCACGACACGGCGUUCCUUGCGAGCCAGGACGUGACCGACUACUCGCUCCUCGUCGGCUACGACCACGACAAGCAAGAAAUCGUCGCUGGCAUCAUCGACUACAUUGCGAAGUACGACUUUCUCAAGCGCCUCGAGCACCACGGGAAGCGGCUGCUCCAGGACGAAGGCGAGAUCACGGUCCUCAACCCCAAGCAGUACACGAAGCGCUUCCGCACUGCGAUGGCCAAGUACUUUACGGCCGUGCCGUCGCGCUACACGCUCGCGACGCGCGCCGAGUCGGCCAUGGACGACGACACCAAAGCGGCAGCCUCGUAGAUGUCGCCUUUGAAUAUGAGUCUCUUACCAACACAAGCAGCACGAAGCUUUAUUCAGUUUCGGAAG